UUUUAGAAUGAGACGAGAAGGUUACUAUUAUCUUUUAUUACUUCUUCGCCAAGGCCUGCGCGCAGACAACUCCAGGCCUUAACAACAAGACACAGGGGCGGUUACGCGAGAUCUGCGUAAUGCAUUGUGGGAAACGCCCUGGCUGGGAGGUGCCGCCAUUUUGUCUCUGUCACUCUCGUAGCGACGCGGUUCUGGUAUCUUGUAAGGGAGGAAGACCGCUGGAGGUAGCGGCAGUGAAGGCCGACGGGCAUCAUGAUUUCCGCUGCCCAACUUCUGGACGAGCUUAUGGGCCGGGACAGGAACCUGGCCCCGGAUGAAAAGCGCAGCAACGUGCGGUGGGACCACGAUAGCGUUUGUAAAUAUUACCUUUGUGGGUUUUGUCCAGCUGAAUUAUUCACAAAUACCCGUUCUGACUUAGGUCCUUGUGAAAAAAUUCAUGACGAAAACCUCAGAAAACAGUAUGAGAAGAGUUCUCGGUUCAUGAAAGUAGGCUAUGAAAGAGACUUCCUUCGGUAUUUACAGAGCUUACUUGCAGAAGUUGAACGCCGAAUUCGGAGAGGCCAUGCUCGUUUAGCUUUAUCUCAGACUCAACAGGCCUCGGGUCAAGCAGCAGGACCUACUGGUAAAAAUGAAGAGAAGAUUCAAGUUUUAACUGACAAAAUCGAUGUACUUCUACAACAGAUUGAAGAGCUGGGUUCCGAAGGAAAGGUAGAAGAGGCUCAAGGCAUGAUGAAACUUGUUGAACAGUUGAAAGAGGAAAGAGAGUUGCUCAGAUCUACAACUUCAACUAUUGAGAGCUUUGCAGCCCAGGAAAAGCAGAUGGAAGUUUGUGAAGUCUGCGGAGCCUUUUUAAUUGUAGGAGACGCACAGUCCAGGGUAGAUGAUCACUUGAUGGGAAAACAGCAUAUGGGUUACGCAAAAAUUAAAGCUACAGUAGAAGAAUUAAAAGAAAAAUUAAGAAAAAGAACUGAAGAGCCUGAGCGUGAUGACCGGUUGAAAAAAGAGAAGCUAGAACGAGAAGAGCGGGAGAGGGAGCGUGAAAGGGAAGAAAGGGAAAGAAAGCGACGGCGUGAGGAAGAAGAAAAGGAAAAAGAGAGGGCUCGUGAUAGAGAGAGAAGAAAGAGGAGUCGUUCACGCAGCAGACAUUCAAGCAGAACUUCUGACAGAAGAGGUAGUCGGUCAAGGGACCAUAAAAGAUCAAGAAGCAAGGACAGAAGGCGAAGCAGGAGUCGAGAUCGACGCAGAAGCAGAAGCCAUGAUAGGUCAGACAGAAAACACAGAUCACGCAGCAGGGACAAAAGGCGGUCAAAAAGUCGGGAUCGGAAAUCUUACAAGCACAGAAGCAAAAGCAGAGAGCGAGAACAAGACAGGAAAUCUAAGGAAAAAGGACAGAAGAUAAGCUUAUUGGGCUGACUGCUAGUCCUCUGCGGGGCAACAAGACUACUGUUCCUCAGUGGCUCUACAUGUGAAUCGGCGAUACCCAAUAAAGCAAAAAUUGAAGACUUUCAAAAAGGUCAGUUAGUGCAACCUUCCUAGGCAAUUAUUACACAGAACCCACAGUUCUAAGAGUUCCAAGGUUAACUGGACUUCCGUGACUGGUUUUCUCAAAGUUUCAAAUAUUGAGUGUUUUUCCCUUAGAGAAUGGUUCCUUUGUAAUCCCCCCCCUCCCCCGCAAUAUUUGGCUGAUUUCGUCUUAAUAAAGUUGUUUUAAGUUUUCUUGACUAUAGGAAUUGAAACCAACUUCAAAAUAUUUUUUAGCUUCUGUUGUAGGCCAAAAGCAUAAUACUGCUAUGCCUUUCCAGAAACUUCACCCACAGAGCGUUGAGAGUCCCUUCUAUUCGGUACCGGCUCUUUAUUCUUGCAUUAAAUACAUCCAUCCAGAGCAGCUGAUCUACACUUUCUGGAUGCUUAAAGGAGAACUUUAGUUCAUCUUGCUAAUUAGAGAAAUACCCAGAAAUUGUAUUCAAUGCUAGUCCUGCUCAGAGUAGACUUAUUGAAGUUAAUGGACAUGAGCAACUCACGUUCACUAAUUUCAGUGUGUCUACUCUGAGUAUGACUUGUUUAAUUACUUGAGAUUAUAUUCAAUUUGCAACAGUGUACUCUGUUUAUACCACAUGCUUUUAGUAUAUAAAUAGUUGAUUUAAUGGGAUAAAUAGUAGAUAUAAAUAGUAGAUAUAAAAACCGCCUACCAAAAUGGCCCGUGCUUUGAGUAUAAGAGGAUUACAUAGAUAAAAAAUACAAAACUAUCUUGAGAUUUUUCUUUUCUUUGGGUAAACUCAUGCUUCUGGCUUUACUAAUUUUACUGGCAGCUAAUCCAUUGUGGGAUUAUCUUCUACCCACCCCUACAAUUUAGAAAGCUACCUGUUGUCAAUGAAUUAUGACUCCCAUUAAGCAUGUGCCUCAGUUUCCAGCAAGUUUGCCAAGUCUAUAACUUAUAAUUGUUUGAAAAUUGGGUGCAGCUUGCCAGAUAGGUUUGCCAGUUUUCAUCUUGCUCUCCUAUUCGUUUUGAAGGGUUUUUGGUUUUUUUGCUCCCCGCAGUCAUGGAUUGUUAAAUAUCAGCUUGAUGAUGCACAUACACAGAUUACUUUCUCCCUUCUUGGCAGUGGUGACAAAUAGGGAGACAACCGCCAAUGCUGGUGAGGUGAUGGCUAUAGCAGGCAAAUGAAGGUAAAGCAGGUGGGAUGGGCUCUGGAAAAAUAUUGAGGAAAAAGUAGAUACUACCAUUUGGGAGCAGUACAUGAAGCCAUGGAGAAAAAGGUAUGGGAAAAUUUGACCAGAGUAAUCAUCAACUAUCAAAACGAUAAGCAUUCAAAUCUAUAUAACCAACAGAUUAUUACAGUGUAACAUUAAAAUGUCUUUAAAAUUAAAAGCAAUAUAUAUAAUUGACUCAAAUAGCCAAAUCGAAGAUCAGCUCUGUGGUCUGGAUCCAGACUUUUCCUUCCAUGGAUGUAGACUCCUUCCAUCUGUGGAUAUUCAGCAGAGGGGAGAGAAAGGUAACUUUCCAUUUCACCCCUGCAGGACCCAGCACCACCUCCCAUACUAUUCGACAGGGUCUUCCAACCCUCAGGAAUAAUAUAAAAGGUGGUGCAGGAGGCUGCAAGAAGACAGAGCAAUUGUUUAAAAGUCAUUCCCCUUCCUCCAGCAGCUGGAGCAUCCCCACCAAUGAAGGAAAGCUUGAAUCCAACGCUCCAUGUUUAGGUUUGUUACCUAACACCCAUAUGUAACAUAGCAAACAAAGGUUUUUUUCUGUAAAAAUUAAGCUACUUCAAACUGUUCACAGCACAGGCUGCUGUCUGAGGUUAAGAAUUCAAAUGUUACUGUUUGAAGUUUUACAAACAUACGUUCAUUUCCCUCCCCUCCCCCAACAGAUUAGGUAUUGGCAAUGGAGGGUUAAAUCUGUAGAUAUUAUACAUGGGGUUUAGCUAAAUUAAGUCAUUAAGAGUUGUAUAGUGUGCUAAAUCUGGUUUUAUGCAUAUUUUAUGCUAACCUUAUAGCAGGUAGUUUUUGGUUAGUUAGCACGCACGUGGCUUGUGGUAUUAACCAGAACUAUCAAACAUGACUGAUUUUUGCAUUGUAAUCUAAGCAAAUGCUGCCUCUCUUCUGUGUUAUCCUUUCCCUCUGAACUCAGCAACUGAGAUCUUGUUCUUUCUGGUGGAGUUUUUCAUUUAAUAUUAGCACGAUAACUUUGAUCUCUAGUUUCCAAUUUUACAGCCAUAGCUGAUGUCUCGGCAUGUACUUCACACCUGAAAAACGUGAUGAUAUAUGUGUCUUUACUGUGAAGUCCAUGGUCAAUGUCUUCUUUCA